ACUGCUAGUUCUGGGUUGGUUUGUUCUGUUUCAAGUUCACCUUCCGGAAUUGAAUUGGGUGGAUUUUACCGAAUUGAAAUUCGGGAUUUUUCUGCAGAUUGUAGUAAGAAGAUCGAUCGAAGGGCUCGCGAGAGAGGCAGCAGAAGUGACCGGGUGACCCAUCAUAGAUGGAAGCUACGGAAAAAACCGAUGAAGCCAUUACGACGUACUCACCAAGAUUGGCUGGCACUGUCAAUUGGGGCACAGCAACCGUCAUAGGAAUCUUUGCAGGCAUGCUAUAUGGAGGUAGCAAGGAGGCGUCAGCUUCAGUUAGCAAGGAUGCAGAGCUAAUGUUGAAGCUUGGGAGCACUCCAGACAAGCGUGAGCAGUAUAGAUUAAUGAGGGAUGCAAUGGAGAAGAGGUAUAUCAGAGUCGUUCGAGGCUCGAUUGUUGGUGGAGUGCGACUUGGGAUGUUCACUGGUGCAUUUUGCUGUUUGCAAAAUCUGCUGGCUGAGAAACGGGGUGUGCAUGAUGUUUUCAAUGUGGUUGGGGCUGGCUCAGCCACUGCUGCAACAUUUGGUUUGAUAAUGCCUGGAUCUCUCCGUUGGCGUACAAGGAAUGUCAUGCUAGGUUCAGUUCUUGGAGCAGCAUUGUGUUUUCCUCUAGGUUGGAUCCAAUUGAAGCUUGUAGAGAAAGCAAAUGAAGGAAAUGAGGCUGCGUUUCAAAGGUCAGAAGCAAAGAGUGGCGUAGAUGCCGCAAUUGAAAGGCUUGAAGGAAACUUGAAUAAGUAGAACCAUGAUAACAUUUAUGGUGGCAGAGAGCAUCUUUCAUGGUCAGGGAAAGAGGAGGGUUAAAAGAAGAAGAAAUGUGGGCUGGCCUACGUUUUGUGAUGAUUUGGCUUUAGUUGUGCAAUGAUUUAAUUAUGGUUGUCUUCAUCUCCUCUUUUAAUGUGGCGACCCUCAAUCUCGAGAUGUGUCCCUGGUUGAGGUGCCCUCUGAAUCUGUGAGUUUUAGCUUUAUUUUCAAGGUUGUUAUGUAAGUUCUGUGGAUCCUUGAGUUAUAUUUCGCAAUAAGUAUUAAGGCCAUUCUUAUAUGAUCUUGGAUUUCUUUUGUAAGGCUAAUUCCUAUUGUCUGGAAGAAUAGGAAUAUUGCUUACUCUAAUCAAUAAUGUCCCACCAUUUAAGGUGGGAAUUUUGUUUUAA